CGCGCCCCGCGGGCGGCAGAGGCGCCUUGGUGUGCGGUCGGGGAGGACGGCUCGCCUCAUCUCGUCUUGGCUCGGCACGGCACAGCACAGCGAGACAACAUGCCAGUGUCAAGAAUGCGCAUGAGACCCUGGUUGGAAAUGCAGAUAAAUUCCAAUCAAAUACCAGGACUGAUAUGGAUUAACAAGGAUAUGAGGAUGUUUCAAAUCCCAUGGAAACAUGCAGCUAAGCAUGGCUGGGACAUGGAGAAAGACGCCUGCCUGUUCCGGAGCUGGGCCAUCCAUACAGGAAGAUAUAAAGUAGGUGAGAAAGACCCUGAUCCAAAAACCUGGAAGGCAAACUUCCGCUGUGCUAUGAAUUCACUGCCUGACAUUGAAGAAGUGAAGGAUAAAAGCAUCAACAAAGGCUCCAGUGCUGUCAGGGUUUACAGGAUGCUGCCACCCUUGACAAAAGACCAGAAGAAAGAAAGGAAGUCAAAGUCUUCACGAGAGGCAAGAAACAGGAGCAAGAGAAAGUUGUAUGAAGACACAGGGACAGAGAAGUCAGCAGAAAGACUAACCAGCACGCCUCUGCCAGAUGACCACAGUGACUACACUGUUCAUGUCUACCCAGGGCAGGAAGUGGAGGUUGAGAGCACGUCCAUCACCUUAGACUUAUCCUCGUGCGAGGUAAGCGGCUCCCUGACUGAAUGGAGGCCAUCAAUGGAAAUAACCAUGGCUGACAGCACCAAUGACCUCUACCAGCUCCAGGUGUCUCCCCUGGCCUCCUCCUCAGAAGUCACAGAUGAAGAUGAAGAGGAAAUGAAUUCGGAGAUUUUUAAGAUGCUUGAACCAGCUCAAGACUGGCACACCACGAGCGUUGGGGGGAAAGGCUUUCUCACCAAUGAGCUUGGCACGCAGACCAUGUGCAGCACUUACAGCUACAAGGAGCAGGAUGGGGAGAUUGACACGACCUCAGGAGAGCUAGAGUUCAGGUUCUUUGACCAGAAGAGCAGCCUAGAUUUCUCCUGGCUGGAGACAGUGAAACCUACCAUGCACGUCAUUCCCUGUGGCCUGCAAACCUCUGACUUCCUCCAACCUCAAACUGCUCUUGGAUAGAAACUUUGACAAGCCUGAAGAGAAUGGAAGAAGUUGUUUGUUACCAACUGAAUGAAGAAAGUAGCUUUUAUAUUCCGUUUAACUUUUAGACCUGAAAAGGUUAGCAAGAAAAAACUCGUUUAUAAAUAAAUAGAAAAGGACUCCUAUCUCACUAGCAGGACUCCGGGCACUGGCGCUCCUCAGCUGCAGAAUGCACCUUGUGAUCACUCAGGAGGUGAAGCUUUAACUGGAAGGUUGUCACUGUGCCACAGGAUCUGGUCGGUGCGCUGUGCUGGGGCCUGGGGAAGAGGCACUGUCCUCUCCAUGCCAGACGUGAUGAGCACUUUAUCCAGGGAGUGCUUAGGAGAGGCGCUGCAAAGGAGUCUCUUUCCUAUUAGUUUUGGUUGCUGCUUACCUGUGCAACACUGGUGACUUUGACCUUAGCAACUGUCGUUACACUUAGUCAGAAAAAAUAGCACUAAUUGGCCCUGUCUUUGAUUUGCUCCAUUACAUAGUUCAUCUUUCAGAUCUUUCGACUUUAAACUGUAAAUAGUUUAGACCAAUAAAAUGUGAAAAUUCAGUUUAGGCUUUGCUUCCACAUAGCACAGUUACCCAGGCCUACUCAUAGGAUGUUAUCUGCUCCCUGGCAUGCCACAUCUUAUUUCUACAUAAUAGCUGAAGAGCUGCUGCAUGAAACCACGUUUGCACUGAUGGGGCAGAGCUCUUUAUUUAUACUAUGCCUUUUGAGAUCCCUUCUGGCACUCAGCUGCAAUGUCAACAAUACCGAGCAGCAAACUGCUACGACUUGAGACCCACCUGUGGCCAGCCCCUGCAGGGAGUGCAGGAGGGAAGAGACUCUUGUUUGUGUGUAAUACAUAGGAACCAAAUCACUAAGCUGUAAUAGACUAUUUUCUUGUAUAUUUUAUUUUUGUAUAUAACUGUUGUAUAUUUGUUUUAAUAAAAAUGUUUUAUAUAUGA